CCGUGCACACCGUGACGGUAAAAAGUUUAGACCAAACCCAUUAAAAUGGUUUUCCGGUCGGAUCCUUGCGGAAUAACUUGUGUGAUUAUUACAUAUUCUGCCGUUAUAUAUGCCGAUUAUGUCGUCGUCCGACAUCUUAUUCUACCAGCUAUGUCUGAUACAUUAUGGGGAGCAUUCAAUGUGCUUAUAUUCAAUGUGAUAGUGUUUCUAUUGACUGCAGCUCACAUUAGGGCGGUUAUUUCAGAUCCUGGUAUUGUACCACUCCCUCAAACCAGUUUGGAUUUCUCUGAUAUGCACAGUGGCAAACAGAAGAUGAGUGAUGGUUGGUCUGUUUGUAACAAGUGUGAAACAUAUCGUCCACCAAGAGCGCAUCAUUGUAGAAUAUGUGAGAGAUGUAUCAGAAGAAUGGACCACCAUUGUCCUUGGAUCAAUAAUUGUGUGGGAGAGUUUAAUCAGAAAUAUUUUAUGCAGUUCCUGUUUUAUGUAGGACUAGCUGCAAUACAUGCAUCAUCUAUGGUGAUUGUGUCCUGGAUUCUGGAUCCAGCAGUUAAGGGAGAAUUUAAGCAUAUGAAAGUGGUACAUUCUAUAAUACUGGUAAUAGAAUGUCUACUGUUUGGAUUAUUUGUGAUAGCCAUUGGUUGUGACCAGUUGUCUGCAAUAUUUAAUGACGAAACUGGAGUUGAGUAUGUGAAAAAAGAAGGGCUUCAUAGAAAUCAUUCAAAAAUGUUUUUACUGAGGGAAAUUUUUGGACACGGUCACCCUGGCUGGUGGUUGUGUCCUCUUAUUGACUCUUCAACAACAGAUAAAAAGACUAUGGGUACAGCCCAUACUGUGUAGACCAGAGUCGCAGGUGCGAAUCUCUGUGCACACGGUUAAUAAUGUGAUAUCUUACUCAAGCUAUGUCUGAAGCUUUUGUGCUCAUGUGUGAUGUCAUGUGUCUAGUAUAUGUAAGAGUUUUUCGUUCUGCCUCCCCCUGUUGGACUAUUCCAUAAUGUAGACAUAUAAGAUUGUCCAUUGAAUACAUGUGGAUGGAGUAUAAAAAUUGGUGUUUUGAGUGUAAGAACCGUAAGUUUAUAUUGUUAUUAUUAUUUUAAAGUGUGAACCUCAAUUACAUUUUAUGCUUUGUUUAAUGUCAGGUGGUAAUUUCAUGAUGUAUACGAUGCAUGUAUGACUGGCAGCCAUGUUGGAAUUUAUGUUUCUUUUUAUCAUUGUUUUUGUGUACCAGUCAGUUGUAAGCGCCCCGCCACCACACCUGGGGAAAUGUGGGGGGAGUGGGCGCUAAGUUAAUAACUUUUGACUGUCCCUUGACUGCAGGGUUUGGGUCAAUGCAGUUGUUUUGCCAAAAUAGCAAGGGCAGUGUUGUGGAUAUUACUGGUGAUUUUGCCAUUUGAUUCUUUUCACAAUACAUGACCUUUGCCAGAGGUUUGAAAGUCAAAAGUUAAAGGUCAUUCUAUACCCUGGGUGUGCAGUAGAAAGGCUGAGGCUACAUUUGACAAGUGUAUUAUUUAUUGUAUUGAAAAGUUCAAAAUUUACUAUUGAACAGUUAAAAUUUUCUUUUAUAUGUUUGUUUGACUGAUAUUUUAAAGACUAUAGUUUUAUUAGAAUGCUUUUAUUUUAUGUCAGUAUUUAUUUCAUUAUGUUAUUCAGAAAAGAAUUAAAUUCUUUUUGAAAUCAUGCGUAGUAAAUGGCAGCAUGCCCUUUAAUAUUUAGGUAUUUUUAAGUCUGUGACAUCUUUUAUUUGUACUGAUAAACAUCAUCUAUUUCUUUUAUUCAAAUUUUAUUAUUUAAAGUAUAAUAUAUUUAAAGUGUAAUAUAUAAUGUAAAUAACUAAAAUCAGUUUUUUUUAUACAAUCAUGGUGUUUAUAAAUUUUUAAUGUCAAGAAAUUAAUAAUUAUUUUCUUUUUUUAUGAAAAGAAACAGUUAUAAAUAGGAAAGAAAUUUGCACAGAAAGAGAAUGUCAAAACUAUAAGGCUUUUUCAAAUCUGAUUGUUAAAUGAACACAACAAAACCAUUUUCAUUACCUUUAGAAAUCUCAUGUAUGUAUCACAAGAAGUAAGGGACAACAAAUUUGCUGUUAUUAUUGUAGUUUUAAAUGUUUUAGAUCUGUUUCAUUUACAUAAUCAAGGUAAUUUCAUUGAGCCCAAGGCCUACGAUAGAUAAAAUGUUUUUAGAAUAAAUAUUCAAAGAAAAGGGAGAGCUUUUAUACUCACCAAGGCAUCGUUGUUACACUUUGGUGCAAAUUUGUAUCUUCAAAUCUACUGAAGAGAAUGAACUCGCACAUUUAUUUGAGAGCAUGAAUAGGAGGUCACUGUUUAAGGCCCAUAACUCUUACAUAGAUUUUGACAAAAUUAUGGCUCUUUUUUAACUUAGAAAAUUCUACAUUAUCCAGGCUCUUGCUUUACUAUCAAACACUAAAAAUAGCUGAGCACACUGUCCUACCCCAGCCCUUGUUGUUCUUUUCGUAUUGUACCUCCUUGUAGGGAAGAAUUUAUAGCUCAUAAAUUACCACAUAAAUCAUUGUCAAGUUUCUUGCUUUUAGCCGAUAUUGGACCCUUAAUUUUAUGUAUAGGCAUCAAUUUUAUUUGACUGAAAGCAUAACAUAAUAGUGAAUUGAUUCAUAGUUAGGAAACACUUGAAGAAAUGGAGGGGUAGGUUGCCAUUAUUUUGUAUUUGUUUUAGUUGUAAUUUUGUUUUUGUAUUUUUAGAUCACUAUUUAUUGCAAUUUUAUCAGAUUAGUAUAAAAAUAUAUAUCUACUGUAGUUAUACCAUAAAUAUUAUUUUCAUUUUGUAUUUAGAGUUAUUUAUUAUGUAGAAAUAACAUACAUAUAAGUUAUUAUAUAAUUGAAAUAAGUUGUAAAUAACUUCUUAAAUUAAAUUCACAAUUAUGUGGUAACAUAAUUAUGUGAGAAAAUUAUCUGACUUGUUUACAGUUCAUUUCAGAAUAUUUAGUCCUCGGGAACUAGCCAUUGGGCGGCUACUCAGCAAGCCUUGUUACUGUCCAAUGGGCAGGUCCCCUCAGGACGGAUAUUCCGGUCCGAACUGCAACAUAUGACAGAUAUUAUAAAUUCUGUUGAAGUAUUAAUUAUUUUAUUGAAAUAAUAAAAGUUAUUACAUUUACGUUAUUUUAAGUUUUAACAUUGAAAUGGUACAUUUGUAUAUUUAGUGUUAUUUAACAUUGAAAAAAAAAAUGUAACAAAAUCUUAAGAAAACAAUGUUGAACAUUCUUAAUUGAUGUAAUGUUUUUCAUAAUUUAAUGUCAUGCUAAGAAAUGUAUGUUAAUUUUCUCUUACAUUCCUGAAUUUGACCAAAUGGCAAUACAUGUAUUUCAUCUUAAGUGUGCUCUAAAUCGUUUAAGACAGUGUACACAUGCAGUUGUAAUAGAUGCACCUUCUUACUAUUUAUAGUUCUGUUAUGUUUAUUAAAGUGUUUGUAUCAUUCUAUUUUAAUUGACCGCUUGCAGAUACAAGGACUUGCCUAAUAUGUCACCCGUGUGAAACCAGGCCAGCCUUCAUCUCUGUGCAGUUUGAGCGAGUAUUUUUCCCUUUGGCUACUAGAUGUUACUGUUUUUGGUACUACACCCUCAUGAAUUAUCUACAAUUAACGCUUGAUCACACUAAUUAUCUUAAAUGGACCUUUCAAUCUUUCACCUGGGGCAAAACCAUUCUUAGAGAAAAAUUUCUAAAAUAUGUACUGACUGAUUAGCAAACAGUGCAGACCAUGAUAAGAUUUCACAGAGAUGCCGGCUGAUCUUGGUUUUCCCUGGCCACAUGUAUAUUAUCAGUUGCUUCCAGCAGUCUAAAGGUUAAAUAACAUGUACAGUGCAAGUGCAUUAUACAACUCUGUCAUUUGUUUGUGUUAACAACAAUUAGCUUUGAAUUGUCACAAUUAUACAUUACUGUGAAUAAUUUAUACAAAUUGUAACUUUUUCUAUUGAAAUGAAAAUUUUUUUCUUGAAAAGAAACCCAUAUACAUGUACAUGCAUUGUAAAAGAAAUAUUUUUUCCAUGGAAAGAAACCUACAUAAUUAUUAUCCUUAAUAUAGUAUUGCCAGAGAAAGGUCAUCUAAGUGCAGUUACAGGUGAACUACUGACAUAUUUUAAUAGGUGUUAACCUUUCACUGCACUAAGGGGACAAUAUGUUUAAUCUCUGCUUAAAAGACAAUGAUAUCUUUUCAUUUAAUUCCCGAUCAUUGUAGUGAUUUUUGUGUCGCC